AUGGUGAAGAUGGGAAGUUCAUUCAAGAAGGCCAUAUUUGAAGAACAUGUAGAUCCCAAAGAGGCUUGUGUGACAGUUAAUGAGUCGUCAGUGGAAGGGAAGGUCCCAUUGCUAACUGCCACUGCUUGGCAGCAUCUUCAGAUGUUCAUCUUUGUGCUAGCUACGUUGCAUGCGACUUUCUCUAUUCUGACCAUUCUUUUUGCAUGGGCAAGGAUUCGUGAAUGGAAACAGUGGGAGGAUUCUGUCGCAGAAAAUAAGUACUAUUUAGAAGAAGGCAAUCGUACAUUUUGCAGUUCAUCAACACACGCCCGUCUUUUUAUCCAGGCUCGUGGUGGAAACAAUUCAGCUUUUCUAAGUUGGUUGCUGGCAUUUUUCAAGCAAUUUUUUGGGUCUGUGACCAGAACGGAUUAUAUGAUGAUGCGACUAGGCUUCAUGCAUGUCCAUUUCAGUACAGGUUCAAAGUACAAUUUCUACAAGUACAUGAUGCGUGUCCUUCAAAAAGAUUUUAAGAGUGUUGUUGGAAUAAGUUGGCAUCUUUGGUUCUUUUUGGUCAUCUUCUUGUUGCUGAAUGUCUGGGGUUGGCAUGCCUAUUUCUGGAUCUCAUUCAUCCCUCUCAUUCUUUUACUUGCUGUUGGCACGAAGUUGGAGCACGUAAUUACACAAUUGGCUCAUGAGGUUGCUGAGAGAUACAAUGCAAAUAAACGGGACUUUGUUGUUCAACCUUCAAAUGAUCACUUUUGGUUCCGUAGGCCCGAUCUGCUUCUCUUUGUGAUUCAUAUCAUCUUGUUCCAAAAUUCUUUACAACUGGCAUUUUUCUUCUGGACAUUGUUUCAAUAUAAAUUUCAUUCCUGCAUGAUGGGAAAAGUUGAGUAUAUCAUCCCAAGACUUGUUAUUGGAGCAUUCAUUCAGUUCCUCUGCAGUUACAGCACCUUACCAUUGUACCUAAUUGUCACACAGAUGGGAAUUAUGUUGAAGCCGGAAAUAUUUGAAGAACAUACAAGUCAUACCCUUGCUAAGUGGGAUCAGGCGGUAAAAAUGCGUAAGGCGUUGAGCGAAGCUGCUAGUGGUUCUAGCCAAGUAGAUCCCAAUCAGGCUUCUGUGGCAGUUCAAUUGGCUGAAGUACGGAAUAAUGAGUUUGCAGGAGAAAUUGCGCCUGAAUUGCCAUUGAGUGAUGAAUAUGAAAGUUUUCGUUUUAGUGACAGAUAG